ACUGUUUCAAUUUUCAUUCUGCCAAUUUAUCUACCGUGGUUUAAUUAUCGUUUCGAUUUACUCCCUAAUGAAAUUCCAAGAAAAUUAAUAUUAUUCGAUGUCAUACAAGUAUGAAAUCAUCGACAAACGUCAGUUAACUUCUACAGCAGAAGACGAAGACUCUCCCUCUACAACACCUGCAGUUUCAGAACCUCAAUCACCGACAGGACCUAUACAAUUCGCAACACUAGUCGUAACAUCUGAAAAACCUGCAUCAACAAUAACAGAAACAGAAUCAAGUACUAUUACUACGACUGUUAAAUAUGUCUCUGCUGAUGCUUCCAAUACUCCUUCAAAUUCAACAAGUGUUUUAUUAGCUGCUUUAUUGGGUACAAUUGGAUUAAUAAUUAUUUUGACUGGAUUAUUAUUUAUGAUACUUUGGUUAAAAAGAGGAGAGAAACCUAGAGUUAUAAAUAGAGGCUUAACUCAAUUAGAUGAUAAUGGAAGUUUAAACGAUUCAAAUGAUUCAACAAAUGAUGAAAUGGUUACUUAUAGGCCAAGUGAUCCAGACGAUGAACAAUUACCCAGCUAUGCUGAAGCUGUAGUUAGGGGCAGGAGCAGUACCAUUUACAAUAACCCAGUAAUAUAAUAUAUAUUGCAAAAGGGUUUUAUAAAAAGGGACAUUAGAAGAUUAGAUAAUGGCAUAUUUUACUAUUCCUUCUCUUGAUAUUUUCAAUAAUUUUUUUAUUUCUUAAAUUCAUAUUUAACUUUUAUACCGUCUUUAAAACGAAAGAAUUAAUGUAAUAUAUGUAAUAUGUUAAAACAGAUAAUCUAGUAAUAUUUUAAUGUAAUAACAGAAAAUUUGUAAUUCUUAGUAAUUUAUAAUUAAAAU